AUGCGUAUACGCACAAAAAAAGACGUUUGGAUCUGCACGGUCAGUAUCGUUUUCAUAUCAGUUUUCAGCGCGCUGACCGGCGUGCUGUGUUUAUAUCUGAUGGCCGGCUUGGAGGCAUUCCACCUGCAGAACGUCAUCAUCAUGGCCGCCAUCCUGCCGAUAUUAAUCGCCAGCCCGAUGACCUACUACGUUGCCUGUACCAGCCUCAAGUUAACCGAAACCCAGACAGAACUUCGUCAACUUGCGGAAACCGAUGACCUGACAAAAUUACCCAAUCGACGAUCAUUUUUUCGACAGGCGCACGCCAUUCUGGAAACUCAGUCUGCACCAGCUGCGCUUAUGGUCAUUGAUGCAGACCAUUUCAAGGAACUCAACGAUUCUUACGGUCAUGCCGUGGGUGACAGAGCGCUGGUGGCGAUCGCCGAUAUUCUACGCAGCAGCUUUCGACAGAAGGAUCUGCUGUGUCGCGUUGGUGGUGAAGAGUUUGCAGUGCUGGUCUGCGGCAUGAAUGCAGAUCAGGCCAAUAUCCUGGCCACCCGGGUUGUCGAAAGAAUUUCUGCUAACCCGUUGACCGAACCCGGCGCCAUUAUCGAAUUUUCGGUGAGCUGCGGGAUCGCGGACACGCUCACCAGCCGCAACAUGCCGGCACUUUUUAAAGCCGCUGAUGACGCCAUGUAUAUGGCCAAAAAACAAGGGAGAUUAGGCGUGGAUCAGCCAUUCGAUUUGCAUGACAAAGUUGUUGCGAUUACCGGCGCAUCAUCGGGGUUUGGGUCUCAUUUUGCCGGUGUGCUGGCUGCGGCCGGUGCCAAGGUUGUUUUAGGCGCUCGGCGCGUGGACAAACUGGAAGCGCGGGUUGCGGAAAUACAAAAAGCCGGUGGCGAAGCCCAGGCCUGCGCGCUGGAUGUACGCGAAAAAGACAGCAUCAGUGCGUUUAUCAACCAUGCUUUUGAUCAAUAUGGCCGCCUGGACGUUUUAAUCAACAAUGCCGGGGUCGAAGCCGGCGCAAAAACCUACGCCAUGAUCGAUGAAGAUGACUGGGAUUUUGUCAUCGACACGAACCUUAAAAGCGCAUGGCUGACCAGCAAAAUCUAUACGGAACAGGUUGUUGCACACAAGCAGGGCAGCGGCAACAUCAUCAUGAUCUCUUCGAUCACGGAUACUCGAACCAUCAAAGGUCAAUUUCCCUACGCGGUCUCCAAAGGCGGGCUGACCAGAAUGACCGAGGUCAUGGCACUGGAAGCGGCGCGGUACAACAUACGCGUUAAUGCACUGGCACCGGGAUACAUCCUCACCGACGUCAGUCGCCUGCUGCUUGAAAGUGAUGGUGCCGGCGAAUUUGUGAAAGGCAUACCCAUGCGACGCUUUGGUGAUUUUGACGAUCUCGACGGGCCUAUUCUGCUGCUAGCCAGCGAUGCAUCCAAAUAUAUGACCGGCUCAAUUCUCACCGUCGCAGCCGUGUCGAACAUCAAACCCUUUACACCCACCAUAUCGGCAGCGUGCGUAGAAGAUCUGCAACGCCGCCUGCAGCACACCCGCUGGCCAGAGGCGGAAACCACCCAGGACUGGUCACAGGGCAUACCCCUGAACUAUACAAAAUCAGUCAUCGAUCACUGGCUGCAUACCUAUGACAUGCAGCGACUCGCUGCCCGUCUGAACACCUGGCCAAACUUCACGGCUGACAUCGACGGCUUAUCAAUACACUUUCUGCACAUACGCUCCAGUCAUGAGGAUGCCAAGCCCCUGCUUCUGACACAUGGCUGGCCUGGAUCCGUAGUGGAAUUCCUUAACGUCAUAGGCCCUUUAAGCGAACCGGAUCAAUACGGCGCAGAGGGCGCGCAGGCUUAUCACCUCAUUAUUCCCUCUUUGCCGGGUUUCGGUUUUUCCGGCAAACCCAACGCAACAGGCUGGACCACCCAGCAAACUGCAAAAGCAUGGGCAAAGCUGAUGGGUGAGCUCGGCUAUGACAGUUAUUUCGCUCAAGGUGGAGACUGGGGCGCCAUUGUCACUUCGGCCCUUGGCAUCGAAGACCCGGAACACUGUAAAGCGAUUCAUCUCAACAUGGUUGUGUCACCACCAGAUGCCAGCGCAGACGACCUGACCGAUGAAGAAAAAUCUGCUCUGGCAGGGCUGAAGUUCUACCAGGACUGGGACUCAGGUUAUUCCAAACAACAAAGCACACGCCCACAGACACUGGGCUACGGAUUGGUUGAUUCUCCCGCCGGACAAGCCGCAUGGAUUCUCGAAAAAUUCUACCAGUGGACGGAUUGCGAUGGCGACCCGCAGAACGUCAUCAGCCUUGAUGACAUGUUAGACAACGUGAUGAUGUACUGGGUCAACGCUGCAGCGGCAUCCAGUGCGCGCCUGUAUUGGGAGAGUUUUGGCGGUGCAUUGGCUGGCCAACAGGUAAAAGUACCCACCGGAGCUACCAUUUUCCCCAAGGAAAUUUUCCGUACGAGCAAAAGAUUUGCGCAGAACCUUUAUCCGGACAUCAUCUAUUGGUCAGUCAAAGAUAAAGGCGGUCACUUUGCGGCCUUCGAACAACCUGAGGUUUAUGUCGCAGAAGUUCGCGCCUGUUUUCAGAGCGUCUGA